AUGGCCGAUAACUCUCGCUUAAAAAAUCCACUUGCUCCUGUUACAGCUGCUGUUUCGAAGAUAGCAGCUUCGAAUGUUGUACAAGAAACACGAAAUUUAUUAUUUCAUCACAUACAUAACACAAAGGAAAAUAAAGAAGUCUUUGCGGAUUUUGUAACGAUACUUCGUUCAAAACCACUCAGCAAAUUAUCCCAAGUAGAAAAGGAAGCACAUCGAAAAAAACUUGAAGAUACGUGUAGAAAACUAUUAACGCGACUAAGUCGUGUUGGCCUAAAGUAUGAGGUUCGACGUGGAUCCGAAGACUUGAUAUUUGUAUUUAUUUUAUGUCCUCUUGAUAGACUUAAGCAAGAAAGUGCUCGUAUUCGCGAUAUUGAUGAAGAUACAGAGGGGCCUCUAACAGAUGCAGAACGAUUGCGCCUUGUACAUGAUAUAAUUACCAACCCUCUUUCUGAAGGAGGUGCUGAUAUUAAUCCAGGAUUAGGUGAAUUUGAGUUGAUUGAAGGUUUUUUACCUCUUCAAGAUAGAACCUACAACGAGCUUAUCUUACCAUAUCUGAUUCGAUUUGGAUCAUUUAGUAUGAAAAGGAUUCAAAAUAAUGGUGCUACUAAAGAUGGUGGGAGAAACGAAGAUGAAUCUGCAUUCUUAAAGAGAGUUAGGAAAGAAGUGAAGUUGCCAGUUUAUCAAAUUUAUGAAGAUUAUGCGGAAAUGAUCACUCAGGCAAAUGAUCUCGUACAAAAAGAGGAGUAUGAGUUGAAAAAACGAUUAUUAGAAAAGGCUGGAAUAUUUUCGGGUUCAUCACAUCAUGAAUACGAAAAUGAUGAAUCAAUGAAGAAAAGGGAAGACAGUGAAUGGUUCUGGCAUUCAGACCAUACGCCUAAUAUUGAGGAAGCAUUACAAGAAAUAAUGCAGGAUAAGACGGAAUGA